UAUAUGAUCAAUUAUUUAACCUUCAUGAGAUGGUAUCAGCGGUAGCAAUUAAUUUACAAAAUACCCUCUCUUUUUUUUUUAAUUCAGCGUAAACCGCCCGGCUAAACACGCCGUUGAAUGUUUGAAAACUGUUUCUCUCUGAUAAAAUCUUUGUGGCAACGACCAUAUCCUCCGAAAGAAGAGAAGAUAAUUAAGAACAGAAAGUGGUGUCAGAUGGUGAAUGAUGCGCAACUUGUCCUAUCAAGGGUUUCCCACCUGUAAUUGCCACUUGUGUGUGGUACAUAAAUAGUAGUAAUUCAAAGAUGGAAUCUAUCCUGAAGUCUGAGUUUUUCAAUAUCCUAACAUGGGGAUGCAAGGAUUUGCUUGAAGAAGUGGAGUAAUGAUGUUUAUCAAUCAGGAUCAUCUGAUCACCUAUGAAACCCAAUCUAUGCAACUGUGGCCACUUAGCAUUAAUGACGAUAAAAGGAACAAGCAAGGAAGACGCAGCAGAAACAGAGGAGUUGGAUUCUGUCCAGAAAAAAGCUCUCUCUCUCUCUCUCUGCUUCUAUAGCUAUCUCAAGAAACUAAAAGGCCUUUUCCUUUCCUUUUGAAUGGAGCAUUCACGAGACCCCCCUGAAAUAUUUGCUUUGAAUUCAUCCAUCUUUCCACUUCCAAACGACCUAAUCUCUUGACCUGCCGUGAAAACCUCUGUUCUCUCUCUCUUUUUUUUUUCCUUUUUUGCAACAAUAACACCCCUGCAUUUUCAUGAAUUUUAUAUUUUCUUUACUUUCCAUUUCUUCAUGUCAUAAAACUCCAUUGCCUUUGAUUGUUUGUUUUUCGGUAGUUAUAUUCUCUAUUUUCAUCAUGAAAAGUCGUCAUUUGACUUGUUUUUUCGUGUACUAAAAAACCUGAUGAAUGUGUGCAUGACUGUCUCUUGUACUGUUUUUGAUCAAUUCAUGAAAACCCAUUUUUCUUUUUCAAUUUUCUACAGAACCCAUGUUUUUGAAUCAGUUCAUGCACUUUCUAAAAUCAAUUCAUACUUUCAGGAGGAAAGCUCCUUUUGAUUGUUUGUUUUGACACACUUUUUUUUUUUGCGUCUUUCAAAAAAAAAAAAAAACACACCCUAUCUUUGGCGCUAAUAUCAAACACAACAAGGGAGGUUCUUCAAUGGCGAGUUCAUGUUUCCGUGCAUUUCGACUUCGAAGAUCAAAGAGCAAACCAUUAAAAAUCUCUUCCUCAUCAAAAUCCCAUUCGAAUUCUGAAAUGGAGAACUUGGAGAGGAAGAGAUUUGACAGUUUGGAGUCAUGGUCUAUGAUUUUGGAAUCUGAGAAUGUAGAGACUUGGGAGGCUUCAAAGGAGGACCAAGAGGAAUGGACUGCUGACCUUUCACAGUUAUUUAUAGGCAACAAGUUUGCCUCUGGAGCUCAUAGUAGGAUUUAUCGUGGAAUUUACAAGCAGCGAGCGGUUGCUGUCAAAAUGGUGAGAAUUCCAACCCAAAAGGAGGAGACUAGAGCUUUCCUUGAACAGCAGUUCAAAUGUGAAGUUGCUCUGCUUUCGCGUCUCUUUCAUCCCAAUAUAGUGCAGUUCAUUGCAGCUUGUAAAAAGCCACCUGUGUACUGUAUCAUCACAGAGUACAUGUCACAAGGAACUCUGAGGAUGUAUCUCAACAAGAAAGAGCCAUACUCACUUUCAACAGAAACAAUUCUGAGAUUGGCUCUUGAUAUAUCACGAGGAAUGGAGUAUCUUCAUUCACAGGGAGUCAUCCACAGAGACCUGAAAUCAAAUAAUUUGCUUCUAAAUGAUGAAAUGCGGGUUAAGGUUGCUGAUUUUGGUACAUCAUGUCUAGAAACACAGUGCCAAGAAACCAAAGGGAACAAGGGAACCUACCGCUGGAUGGCACCAGAGAUGAUCAAGGAGAAACAUUGCACCCGGAAAGUUGAUGUGUAUAGUUUUGGGAUUGUGUUGUGGGAACUAACUACAGCUUUGCUUCCCUUUCAAGGAAUGACCCCUGUGCAAGCUGCAUUUGCUGUAGCAGAGAAGAACGAGCGGCCUCCACUGCCUGCUAGUUGCCAGCCUGCACUUGCACACUUGAUAAAGCGCUGCUGGGCAGCCAACCCAUCCAAGCGACCAGAUUUCAGUUACAUUGUUUCUGCUUUGGAGAAGUACGAUGAAUGUGUCAAAGAGGGCCUUCCUCUUACUUCACACUCGGGACGUGUCAACCGGAAUGUCAUUCUGGAACGCUUGAAAGGCUGUGUAUCCAUGAGCUCAUCUGUAACUGUACAUGCUUAACUCCAAUUCAAGCUUGGUCACAUGCCAUUGAGAAAAGCAGGAUGACAUGACACUUCCAGUGGUAGCAUGGGCAUCAUGAGUUACUCUUUUCAGAGUAGAUUACAAUAUUUAGUUCUUCAACCUCAAAUCCUAAGCAUGCAUGAAUUUCUUAACUUUUGACUGUGAUGAGACCAGAAGUUGGCUUAUCCAACGAAGCAAAUUGAUGGAGAUGCAAGCUGCUUGAUCUAUGAACUGUAGUAAAUUAUGAAGGACUUUUUGUAUGGAAUGUGGCCACUCUUUGUUCCUUUGAAUUUAAGACCACAAGACCAAGUCAAAACCAGGGAGGUUAACUUAUCCCAAGGUGGGUCACACACAAAAAUGGGAGCAAAGAUCAGCUGCGAUGGAAUUAGCUGCUGAUAAAGGAGGUAAGGUAAAUGUGGAGGAGCUUCUCGUUGCUUUGUGGCCGUCGACUCUCACCGAAAUAUUGACUGACCGAUUCCUCCACGCAGCGGGAGUCAAUGGGUAACAUCAUGUCAUAGAGAGAUGCUACCUUGAGCAUCAUCGGGUCUUCUUUUUUUUACCAUUUCCAAAAUCAAUUCAAACUUUUGAUUCCAAAUAACACGCUUCAAAAA